GAUGCCAUAACUGAAAUGGAUGAACACAACCGUCCCAUUCACACUUACCAGGUGUGCAAUGUGAUGGAACCCAACCAGAAUAACUGGCUGCAAACCAACUGGGUCUCCCGCGACGCCGCGCAGAAAAUCUACGUGGAGAUGAAGUUCACCCUGAGGGACUGCAACAGCAUUCCCUGGGUGCUGGGGACCUGCAAGGAAACCUUCAAUCUCUACUACAUGGAGUCAGAUGAGCCUCAUGGAGUAAAAUUCAAGCCAAACCAGUACACUAAAAUUGAUACCAUAGCUGCUGACGAGAGCUUUACCCAGAUGGACUUGGGCGACCGCAUCCUCAAGCUCAACACGGAGGUUCGUGAGGUUGGGCCGAUCAACAAGAAGGGAUUUUAUCUUGCUUUUCAGGACAUUGGAGCGUGCAUUGCUUUGGUGUCAGUCCGUGUCUAUUACAAGAAGUGCCCUUUCACGGUCCGUAAUUUGGCCGUGUUUCCUGACACCAUUCCAAGGGUAGAUUCUUCCUCGUUGGUGGAAGUACGGGGCUCCUGCGUGAAGAGCGCUGAGGAACGGGACACCCCAAAAUUGUAUUGUGGGGCAGAUGGGGAUUGGCUGGUGCCUCUGGGACGAUGCAUCUGCACUGUGGGAUAUGAAGAACUGGAUGGUUCUUGCCAUGCUUGCAGGCCUGGAUUCUAUAAAGCAUUUGCUGGAAAUGUGAAGUGCUCCAAGUGUCCUCCACACAGUUUGACUCACACAGAAGCAACUUCUGUCUGUCAGUGUGAGAAGGGUUAUUUCAGAGCUGAGAAGGACCCACCAACUAUGGCAUGUACCCGGCCACCUUCUGCUCCGAGGAAUGUGGUUUUUAACAUCAACGAGACAGCUCUGAUGCUGGAGUGGAGCCCCCCGAGUGACACCGGAGGGAGGAAGGAUCUCACCUACAGCGUCAUCUGUAAGAAGUGCGGGUCGGACGCCAGCCAGUGCGAGAUCUGCGGCGGCGGCAUCCGCUUCAUCCCCAGGCACACGGGGCUCAUCAACUCCUCCGUGACCGUGCUCGACUUCGUGUCCCACGUCAACUACACCUUCGAGAUCGAGGCCACCAACGGGGUCUCGGAGCUGAGCUUCUCCCCCAAGCAGUUCACGGCCAUCACGGUCACCACAGACCAAGAUGCACCCACCUUGAUAGGUAUGGUAAGGAAGGACUGGGCUUCCCAAAACAGCAUUGCCCUCUCCUGGCAAGAGCCGGACUUUCCCCAUGGAGCAAUUCUGGACUACGAGAUCAAGUACUAUGAGAAACAGCUCAGCUAUUCCUCCACAAGGUCCAAGGCUCCAAGUGUUAUCAUCACAGGUCUCAAGCCAGCCACCAAGUAUAUAUUUCAUAUCAGAGUCAGGACGGCAGCAGGAUACAGCGGCUAUAGCCAGAAGUUUGAAUUUGAAACUGGAGAUGAAAUACCUUUCCCAGGACUCAAAACCUACAUAGAUCCAGACACAUAUGAAGACCCAUCUCUUGCUGUCCAUGAGUUUGCCAAGGAGAUUGAUCCUUCAAGAAUUCGUAUAGAAAGAGUCAUUGGGGCAGGGGAGUUUGGAGAAGUAUGCAGUGGACGUCUGAAGACACCAGGAAAGAGAGAGAUCCCUGUUGCUAUUAAAACUCUAAAGGGUGGCUAUAUGGACAGGCAGAGGAGAGAUUUCCUGAGGGAGGCGAGUAUCAUGGGACAGUUUGAUCACCCAAAUAUCAUUCGCCUUGAAGGAGUUGUUACAAAAAGCAGACCAGUAAUGAUUGUAGUUGAAUACAUGGAGAACGGAUCCCUUGACUCCUUCCUGCGGAAGCACGAUGGGCACUUCACAGUGAUCCAGCUGGUUGGAAUGCUGCGGGGGAUUGCCUCUGGCAUGAAGUACCUGUCGGACAUGGGCUACGUGCACCGGGACCUGGCAGCACGGAACAUCCUGGUCAACAGCAACCUCAUGUGCAAAGUCUCAGAUUUCGGCUUGUCACGGGUGCUGGAGGAUGACCCCGAAGCUGCCUACACCACAAGUCUUGGUGGAAAGAUCCCCAUCAGGUGGACUGCUCCCGAAGCCAUCGCUUACCGGAAGUUUUCCUCAGCCAGCGACGCGUGGAGCUACGGAAUUGUCAUGUGGGAGGUGAUGUCCUAUGGAGAGAGGCCAUACUGGGAGAUGUCCAACCAGGAUGUUAUACUGUCCAUUGAAGAGGGCUACAGGCUUCCAGCUCCCAUGGGCUGCCCAGCUUCUCUUCACCAACUCAUGCUUCACUGCUGGCAGAAGGAGAGGAACCACCGUCCCAAAUUCAGUGACAUUGUCAACUUCCUGGACAAGCUGAUCCGCAACCCCAGCACCCUUCAUACCCUAGUGGAGGAUGCACUUGUGUAAGACUCUUCUUGGUACAUUUUGGUUUUUGUAACACAUAGUGGCUGUCAUUACAUAGUUUUGGGCAUUUUGUAGGGGUGGGAGAACUACAAAGUUUUGAGUUCUUAAGGUCAUGUAGGUACAAAUAAUUUUAAGCCCCUUUUAAGGUUUGCUUUAUUUUUAAUACACUAUUGUAGAAAGAGGUUUUUUUCUCAAGCCAUGUAGAUUAUAUUAGUCUUUUUUAUUAUUCUUUUUGUCUGAGUUCUGUUUGUGCAUUGUCUAUCCUUAAUCUUUGGAAUCUUUUUGUUCUUUUUUGUUGUGUGUGUUUUUCCUAUGUGCUUUUUCUCUCUUUGUAAUUUUUUUUUCUCCAUUCAACAGCCUGUUCCUCCAUCUGACAGUGCUCAAGCAACUUCUGAACUGCCUUGGAGUAAUAUCCUGCAGAAAGUAGCUGUGUCUUAGCUUGCUAAAUCUUUAUGUGUCUGCAGCAGAAUGGCAGCAGUGACCAAAUAAGUUUAUGCUGUUACCAUCCCACAACAAAUUCUCGAUAGUGUUGCUGAGGUUUUUUAUUUUCUUUUUCAUUAAUAAUACUUCAGAAAUGAAUGCAGCCACAGGAUGAGCAAGGCUGCAAUGGAAGAAUUUGUCAGUAUUUGUAGGCUUAUUGAUCCAAGUUGUCCCUGCAUACCAGCCAAAAUCAGCGAAGGUCCAGGUGGCCUCACUCUCUUCAGUCACGAAGAAUCACAUGAAGAUAAAGCUGCUGUCAUUGAGACUCCCUGGGCUUUUAAGGGGUUCUCAAGCCCUGAGUGGGGCUUGCUGAGAAGCUUCAAAUGUUUUUGAGAAGGGCUGAGCAACAAGGCAAAACUGGGGCUGGUACCUUGCUGUGGGAAAGACUGAAUGGAGAAGCUGGUA